GCAUGAAAGGCGACAUUUAACAGAAGCCAGUGGACGUAAUGGGCCUGAUGCCGAUAUCGGCCUCCAGGCAGGCCUGUCAACAUAGCUUUGAAUACUGACAGAAUCUGUUGAUUUCGGCAAUAAUGAUGUCUCGGCACCGGUGCUAUGUAGAUACUCUAUUUUGAGACAAUUUGAGUGUGUAUUCCUCAAGCAGAUUCUGUGAUAUACGUGCAAUCUUUCCAGGGUAGGAAACUCAGCCAUUUGAAUUCCUUCUGAAAGCUGUUAUCCAAAGAUCUUUCAUCUUGCCUUGCAGUAUAAUCAACCUGAUCCUGUUAUAAGGUGAUUCUUGAAUAAGCUUCCUGUAGUUGAAAAUGGUUUAAAUUCCAUUGCCAAAUCGGAAGAUAUUAGCACUGCCUUUCAUAUCUAAUCUCAAGAACCAUAAUCAACAGUCAUUAAGAGAUUUCUUGAUCUGCUCGCCAUUGUAUUUUUUGUUGUGCAAAGAUCUCGUGGGUCCAUGCCAUAUUCUUUCAACAUUUCAUUAUUUUUGUCUAGUUCAGAACAAUGCAAAUUGAACCUUGCUUUGAGGUUGUGUUGUAAAGAUUGCAUUCCAAAUUGAGGGCAAGCACAUUGAAGCAUUCUCUAGCUAAGACAAAUCAGUCAAAGUGCCUAGCUCUCGGGAAAUGGGAGUUACUGAAUCCUUCCAACAAAGAGGGAAGCUUACUACUUGUUUUCACAAUAGCUGAUUGAACAAAUUACAAUUAACUCAAGAUCAAUCAUCGCUUGCUACAAACUACUCAUUGCUCCUUAUCAACGAAGUACUCACCAAGCCACGAUUCCCCCCUGAGCUGGUCACAAAGACAUGCAAGAAGGGGGUAAAAAGACUGGUAAUCAAUGGGCGUCUUCAGCGUCAGCAGCAGGGGGACUGGGUUGGUGUGAAGAGGAUGAUGGUGGAUGGCGUGAGGGACCACCUGCUACGGGUAGUGGUUGGACAGAUCCAAGUCCAGCUGCAAACGACAGAGGUCAGAAUAUAGGAACCUGGCACAAUCCUUCCAAGGACUGUGAGUGGAGCCAAAGCUCAAGUGUUAAUAGUGUCAUUGUGGAUUCCUCAGAUAAAGAAGCUUGGCCGUCCAUUGGGAACUCUGAAACUGCGGGCUCUGAUGCAGGAGAUGAUGCUGCAUCUGUCAAGUCCGGAUCUGUGAUAUCUAGCUCAAGUAGCCAUGGUCAAAAUCAGGAGACCAAUCAGGGGUUAAGUGCCAUGCAGAGUCAAAGUGCUUCCAAUCCAUGGGGAGCCAAUUCCACACUUGGUGGACUUGAAUCAAAUCCUUGGGGGAUCAGGGAUCCUCCCAAUUCCUCUGCUGCCAAUAUGAAUCCUAUGAAUUGGGGUUCAAGUAAUCCGCAUCCAAGUCUUUCUAUGAACAACCAAGGACAUAAUAUGCAAGUUGGUACCAGCAUGGCUGGUAGUGAUACUCUAUCAAAUUCUAUGAACUCAAACUCCUCCACUUCCCGUUCAGGAUGGGGGAUGGGUGCCCCAGGCCAGGGUAGCCCAAGACCACAGAAUUCCAUGCAAAUGCAAACCUCAAAUGGCAACAAUAUGCAUGGUUUGAUGCUUAGCAGUAGCGGUGCUCAACAAAGUGGACCUCCAGUGAGUGGCAAUCAGACAGGGCCUUCAAAUAAUCAAACUCCAUGGCAGGGUAGUAGUGGGUCUGGUAUGUUUGGUGGCAUGACUACGUAUUCCAAACCCCACGAGUCUGGCUGGAAUAAUCCAACAAGUGCUGUGAUGAACAAUUGUGGGAAAGAUAACAGUGGCAAUAAUGGUGGCCCGGAUGGUGCGGGCAACGGCUCCAGCAUGUGGGGCACACCAGACGCGGCCCCUAAGUCUGGCUUUUUGGGAAGUAGUGGGUGGGGAGAGUCCCUACCUCCCACUCCACAGUCAGCAACCCAGUGGGACAAUAAUUCUAAGUCACAAUGGGGGGACAACCCCAAUGGUGCAGCCAAUAGUCAGGGAUCAGGCAAUACAACUGAGUUCAUCUCAUGGGCUCAAGCUGCAUGCAAGGGCUUAACCCCAGGCAGCGGCAAUUCAGGGACCGGGCAACCCUCUGCUGCUGAUGCAGCCGCCCAAUCAGGACAAGUUGCUGAUGAUUUCAUCAGACAGGCCAUUGAGAACCAUGAUGGGUGGGGGGCGAAACCUGUCAAACAGGAUACAGCCUGGGAUGUCUCAGAAUCACCAAAGACCAAACGCAAAUUUUCUACCGACAGUGGUGGUGGAGCUUCCAAUGUGUGGAACAAUAAUAAUGGAACGGCAAUCUGGGAAGCUAGUCGUGACAGUAGCUCUGGAGGUAAUGGAGGAAAUGGUGGCAAUGGUGGUGGCGGCGGUGGCUGGAAUGGUGCAUCAGGUGGAUCUCAGUGGCAAAACGAGAAUGAUUCCAAUACUUGGAAUGGCCCACCAAAUAAGCCUGGAGCUGAUAACCAAUGGGGUGGUAACGGCGGAGGAAACGGUGUUGGCAGUGGCGUUGGUGUUGGCGUUGGCGUUGGUGGAAAUGGUGUUGCAGGAAAUGGUGGCCUUGGUGGAAAUGGUGGCCUUGGUGGAAAUGGCCUUGGUGGAAACAGUGCUGGCAAUGUUGGAGUUGGUAAUGUUGGAGUUGGUGGAAAUGGUGCUGGCAAUGGAGGUGGAAGUUCCGACAAAACCAUUGGUACCUGGGGCGGAGGCUCUGAAACCUCAAGUAUGUGGGGUAACAAGACCGAGACAGGAUCUUGGGGAUCUUCAGGCCAGGAUCGCGAUCGUGGAUCUGGGUCCCAGUGGGGAGAUAAUCAAGAUUCUCAAGGAGGCUGGGAAGAUGCAGCAAUGCAGCGUCGGCGUGUUGAUAAUGGUACAGGUUAUUGGGGCGAGCCACAGAUUCAGCGCCCACAAGGCUGGAACAGUCAACCAAGUACCCCAGCAACUCCCCUGACCCCACGGCCCAAGCCUGAACAGCCUGAGUCUUGGAACAAAGGAGCACCUGUCCAAGUUCCGCCACCAGCACCGACAGGUGGAAUGGGUGGCGGCGGAAUGGGUGGCGGCGGAAUGGGCGGCGGCGGAAUGGGCGGCGGCGGAAUGGGCGGCGGCGGAAUGGGCGGCGGCGGAAUGGGUGGCGGCGGAAUGGGCGGCGGCGGUGGUGGAAAUGUUGGAGUUGGCAACCCACCGAAGGCCUCUGGAUGGGGUGACCUCUCAAACUCCAACAUGAAGGUUGAUGAUGGAACCAGUAUUUGGGCAGCUAAUGCCCAGCAGCAGGCCCGAGCUGGAGGUUGGGGUGACCCAGGGAGUCAGUGGAAUCCCACACCUGGUGCCAAGCCAAAAUCCCUAUCUACCUCGAGUUGGGGCGGAGACGGCGGUGGAGGUGGUGACCAGAGCUGGAACCUGAGAAAGCCGGGCUGGCCAGAUGAGAAUGCAAGCAAUUCAGGCAAUGUGUGGGGUGGUGAAACCGAGGUGGGAUAUUGGAAUGACAUUUCACAAGAAAAUAGUACAUGGAGCAGUGCCCCUGGCUGGAAAACCAAAAAGAAUCUGGUGAAGGGUCCUAACAAAUUCCCCACCGGCAACAAUCAUCAUCCCCAGAUGAGAAGCAAAUUGCUACAACAGCUGAUGGAUAUGGGUUUCAAAAAGGAAGAAGCUCAGAAUGCCUUGAUUAGCAAUAACAUGAAUGUUGAAAGUGCCCUGGCUGAUCUAAUGGCCAACAAGAAAGAUGCCGACAUGGAUGUGUUCAUGUCAAAUAGUGCAAAACCCCGAAUGCCUGGCAUGAUGCCUGACAAUGCCAUGGUUAACGAUGACAUAUCAGAUACUCAGUCUGAGAGCAAUCCACAUGUGCCUAACAUUAACAUGCAAAAUACUCCCUUUCAAAAUGCUCAAGUACCAAAUCAGCCAUUUGUGACCAUAUAUGACCGGUCUAAAUCGGGACCUAGUCUGCCCCCAUCUAGUCUGAAUCCAAAUAACCCCAGUAUUAAUCCACAAUCAUUGCAACAAAAACUCAUGCAGCAUAAGCGUCAACAACAGCAACAGAACCAGUCUAUGAAUUCAAUGAGUCCCACCCAAGGUCCUCUGACCCGAGGACAGCUGCCGAACACACAGGUGAUGCAGCAACAGAUGGCGCAGCAGCAGAUUCUGCAACAACUGCGACUGGCAGUACAGUCUGGCCUCAUCAGCCCUCAGCUCUUGAACCAGCAACUGCCACACAACAUCCUGGUGCUCCUGCAACAACUGCUACAGCUGCAGAAUGUCCUGCAGCAGCUUGUUAACAAGCAACAGUUCCUCCAGCAGAACAAGAUGAUGAACAUGAUACAACGGCAACAGGUGGAACAGCUGGCAGUCAUGAUCAACAAUAUCAAACAGCAGAUACUGCAGCUGCAGAAGCAGCUUUCUCAGGCACAGCAGAUCCUGCUCAAAAAUCCCGGUGGGGCUGUAGGGGCCGGAGGUCCCAUGGCUCAAGCUCCAGCGGCAGGCCCACAUAUUCAUGACUCAGUUGAUAACAUGAUGCCCAUUCAGAAUGAGCUCGAGAAACUUGCCAUCAAUCCACCUCAAGUGCAACAAACGUCCCGCCUUAACCAGUGGAAGCGCCAAACCCCAGACAAAGAAACCGCUGGUGAAGUUGGAGAAAACCUCAAUAAAGCUGUUGGAAGCAAACCUCUCCAGCAGUCACAAAAUGGCCCGCCUCUGGGGCCAUUCUCUGAUCUCAGUGGCCUAAAUAUCAGUGGUGAUACUACUUGGUCUACACAAGCAACCACCUCGUCUCAGAAUUGGCCUUCUACUAGUUCUGGUGGAACCACAUCACAAGCCGAGACAAAAGAGAGCUCUGAAAACAAAGAAUCUCACCCACCAAUUACCACAUCCAGCACUCCGACAAUCAGUAUGACAGACAUCAUCCCUGAGUUUGUUCCUGGCAAACCAUGGCAGGGGCUCACUAAGAGUGUUGAAGAUGAUCCCCAUAUCACACCAGGAAGUAUUUCCAGGUCGCUAAGUGUCAAUGUUGUGAAGGAUGACUACCUGAAUAACUUGGCGACAAGCAUCAAGACCAGCCCUAUAGUGGCUGCUGACUCGUCCACCACUUGGAGCAUGAAAGGAAGCCACAUCUCCACCACAAGUUCGUCCAAACCCUGGUCCACAUCUGAAUCAACAACGCCCUCCAUGUCUGAUGUAUGGAGCAUGCCUCCAAAGAACCGCCCUCCCCCUGGCCUCAUGGCGCACAAGUCCCACCACUGGCCUGCUGGUGUCAACAGACAGAACUCCUGGGCUGGCAGGACAGACAACUCAGCAUUUACUCCAGUGAACGCUCAAGGUUGGGAUGGGAGAACCCCUAAUACCUCCACUUGGCUGGUCCUAAGGAACCUCACUCCACAGAUUGAUGGUUCCACACUUCGUACACUGUGCCAACAACAUGGCCCACUGCGUCUGUUCCAUCUUAAUCUCAGUCAAGGACAGGCAGUGGUCUGCUACAAUUCCAAGGAUGAAGCCAUUAAAGCUCAAAAAGCACUUAAUACUUGCGUUCUUGGCAACACCACCAUUCUGGCUGAAUUCUUGUCUGACCAAGAGUGUGCUCAUUUCCUGGAUCAGCAUAGCAAUUCAUCCAACAACCCUAGUCAGUGGUCACAAGGCCAACAGGUGUCCAACUUCCAGCCAUUGCAGCAAGCACCCCCUGGCCAGCCUGCCGUACAACGCUCCACACAGCCGUCCUCCGCUGCUAACCCUGGGUACUACCGCAGCGAGUCCACAACUCCGUGGAGUGCCAUGCCAAGUCGUGGAGGCAUGGGAGGGGGACAGCCUGGUCCCGGCAACAUGUGGAGCUCAAGCUUGUGGGGGGGAGGGGCAGUAGAGGAUCAUAAUUCCAACCCUUUCCUUAGCAAUAUAUUGGGAGGGGAAUCCAUGUAAAUAUCAAACAAAUCUUUAAUAUAUAGAGAUAUAUUAUUACACUGAAACCUGCCGUAACCAAAUCUAAUCUGGGACCUCUACCAAGAUUUUUGUCAAUUCACUGGUUGUUGGUAGUCUGUUUAAAUGAUUAAAUGUUGAUGACUCGUGAUAUGGUCAGUAUUCCAGUAGUGUGUUUCCAGGACAAUCAAAUAUGGGUUGGGCAGGUUUCUGGCUUGUUUGUUGACAUGGUUUCCCAGUUUCCCAUCAUGUGAUUGAUCUCUUGUUGUACGCGGGUUAGCUAGCUAAUGCAGGUGGGUGCCGUCGCCAACGACGCAAGUUAGUUACUGCUUCUAUGUGUUCCAUGGACCAUCACUUGUGCUCUGAGAGCUGCUACCCUGCUGCCUACCCUCCCUAGUGCUAAACAGCGUGCAAUUAGUGGUGCUCACUGCUUCAUGUAUAGCACAGAGUUUAUUUUUUGUACUUCAAGUGAAGUAUUAAGUCUUUCAGAAUUCCCAAAUUGUCUUGUCAUGUGGGUGUACAGCCUCAGCAAGCAAGUGGGCCUACUAAUAAUUGGGCUGGAGGGAGGGCGGGGGAAAGGGAGGGUUCAAAGCCUUUUAUACAAGUUAACCUCAAGUCUUUAUUUGUGAAUGUAUGAAAAUACUGUUUAUGUAUAGGCCAUUCAUGACUGAUGUCAAAUCGAAUCUUACUUGUAAUGCAGCAACAAUGAGUGCAAAUAUGUUUUCCUUUAAUUACACUUGAUUGGUGGUGUAAUAUUUUUUUUUCUUGUUUGAAUUGGAAUCUGUCAGUUGGCAGGAAAAAUACAACCUGUGAUACUGAAGUCUCAUAUGUGUGUCUGUUGUCCAGUUGUGUGAUUGAAUCAGGAUAGAAGUGCAUUCUAGUGCUGUUGAUAAUUCUUCCAAGAAAUAAAUGAUAUUGGGCAUAACGAAUCAUCUUGGAUGAUUGAUUGGGUUAGCCAUUUUAUAUAAUAUGCCACCUGAACUGCUGUAUUGUCUGUAAUAGUCCUUAUUCCCGCCCAUACUUGGAGAAAAAAAAAAUGAAAAAAAGAGAGAAAAACUAUGGAAAAAAACACAAAAAAACAAACAAAAUAUAAAAAUAAAAAAAUAAAAAAAGACAAAAGAAAAAGACCAAAAAAAAAAAAUACCUCCCAAAAAUAGAAAAGAAAUGUGCAUCCUAAAUCCACAAAUUUAAUUUAAGAUUUUUAAUUAUUUGUCCUUAAUAUUAUCAGUGAUCUGGCAUUUAUGGGCUUGAGAGUCCAGCACGCCGUGGCAGCAGGUAGACACAGGAUGCAGUGCAAAAAAAAAAUACUUAAGUGAAAAAAAAUGGAAAAAAAGAAAUACAAAGAAAAAAUGAAAAAAAAACAAACAAAAAAAAACAAAAAAAGAAGAAAAAAGAAACAAAACAAAAAAAACAAUAUAAAGAAAAAAAAUACCAAAAAAAAAUUACUGUAUCUAUAUAAAUGCUAUAUAAGCACACUGUGAUUACUUCCAGGCAGGGCACCGUGUGUUCCAAAGUGCUGCUAUUACAGACAGUAUGGUUCUUUAUUAUUAUAAUUAUUAUUAAUGUAUGAUGCCUCUUGUGUUUUCCGAACUCAGUACUUACUGCAUUUUUAUUGUGACCAAGAAGAGAUAUAGAUCACAAUCUGCCAAAGCACAGGUAUCCUAGGAUUGGGCAGCUUUUAUCAGUACAAGUGAUAGGAGAAUUUUUGACAUGACAUGUAUAUUGUGCUCGUAGCUUGCUUGAAUUGUAUUCUGAAUAAAGUCUUUAUUCAA